AUGGGCUAUAGGGGGGAGAACAAACGGGUGAAGAGAGAGUCAUUACUUGAAUCUAUUUUGGAAGAAUCCAAGAAUGCAAGAAUCCAAGAAUCCAAGAAUCCAAGAAUCCAAGAAUCCAAGAAUCCAAGAAUCCAAGAAUCCAAGAAUCCAAGAAUCCAAGAAUCCAAGAAUCCAAGCAUCCAAGAAUCCAAGAAUCCAAGAAUCUAA